CGAACUCAAAGCAACCCACGAGGACAACCGAUGGAAGGGACACCGGAACAAUCGGUCGCCGGGGACGAUCCUCGCUGCCCGGGAGCAGCCGUCGCCUCGAGUGCCAAAUCCCACGGCAGAAGGGAACCGAAGGAUGGCACGACAACGACAAAAACAAGGACAACGGGAACCACAACGGGUGCGGUUGCCCGUGGGGGGAACGAGCCGGGUGAAACACGGCAGCAGCAGCAGCAAAGCCACCAAGCGAGCAGCAGCCAAAGAAGCCGCAGCACUGCACUGAACGGACAGCUGCGCCUGCUGCUGCUGGUUCGAUGCCUCCGGGCAGCCCAUCUCGCCCAGCCGUUGCUGGUUCCCUAUUACUCCCGAACGCUCGGCCUGGAACCGACCCGGGUGCUCUGGCUGGGAUCCCUCUAUUCUACCCGUGAGUCGAGUCGCGUCGCGUCGCAUCGAGCGGAGCCGAUCGAUCGUUUGUUCCGGAAGCAACGACGGAAUGGCCGUGCCCGCAUCGGAUCGGAUCGGAUCUAGCUCGAACACGAACGACUCGUUCCGUCGAAAUUUCGUGGAUUCGGGGUGUUCUGCAAGACAGCGUGGUCGCAAACUUCCUUGUUCACUCACUCACUCACGUACUCUCACUCGCUCGCUCUCCUGUUCUUGCGUUGCGGCUGCCCCGACAGUCGUCACCCUCGCGGAACUGCCGUCGGGGAUCGCCUCCGAUCGACUGGGCCGGAAGAAAACCCUGCACAUUGCCUUUCUGGGGUUUUCGGGCUCGCUCUUGCUCACCGCGCUGGCCUCGCGGUUCGCGGGAGGGCGGUGGCAAACGACCGCGGGUGAAGGUGCAACAGCGACCGCGACCGGGGUGCUGGCCUGCCUGGGGCUGGCCCAGUGCUCCAAGGCGGUGGGGUCGAGCAUGUACUCGGGGACGGACUCGGCCUUCCUGUACGAGAUGCUCGAGCACCACCACCGGUGCGACGAACGAGCCAGCAACAGCGAAGGCAACAACAAAAGCAACAGCGAAAGCAAAACCAGGGCGCUCCUCCUGGCCAUCGAGUCGCGCAGCGUGGUGUACACCACCGCGACCGAAGCCUGCGCGGCGGCGCUGGGGGGAUGGCUGUGUUCGUCAUCGUCAUCGUCCUAUUCCUCCGGCACCGGGAGUGCAGGGGACCACCGCGGGAACAAAGGGCUGGAGCUGGAAGCGGUGGUGGCCCUUUCGGCGGUGCCCUUUCUGGUGGGUGCCUUUGUGACCCUGUGGGGCCUCGACGAGCCCAUCAAGGAGCCCUCCUCCUUUGGUGGUUGUGCUCGUGCUCGUGCUUGUGCUUCGGCACACGGCACAAGCAUCGAAACCGACAGACGCAAACCCCGCAGCGAAGCGGAACCAGCGAGGACCCGUCCGGAAACUCGUGCGAGCCACCAGCGGAGGGACCUUGCCGAUGGAAGCGCGAGGAGGACGUCCUACCUCACGCUUCCCUCCGUGGAAUCGGUGGGGUGGCGGCUCUUUGGUUUCUUCCGGAAGGGAGAGAAGGAUCCACGGCGGACGAACCGAGAGCAGCACCGGAGCGUGAUUCUCCUGCUCUCCGAAUACGUCCCGGAGCGCCUGUGGACCCUUUUCGGGGUCGGGGUGGCCCUCAACUGCGGGACCUAUCUGGCUGCCACGGCCAUGAACCCAUUGCUGUGGGAAACGGUGGGGAUACCGGUAGGCCACUUUGGGGCCCUCCACGGGCUCUGUGGGGCCACCGCGGCGUUCGGGGCAUUCCUGGCGCCGACUCUACGAAAACACCUAGUAUCGAACAACGGCAACGGAUCCCGUCACAAAAACGCCAACGCCAACAACCAGACGAAAUCGAACGGGACGGAAGCAUUGCUCUUUCUCAUGCUCGGAUCCUCGGCCGCUGGAUACGGGCUCUUGGCGCUGUCGACGGGUCUGCAUCGCCGGAGAGCCGGAGAGGCAGCAGCAACGACCGAAACGGUGCCCUCCUCCCAUUCGGUGUCGGCCAUUGGCUGUGCGAUAGCGGCGGCUCUGUUGCUGAGUUUGGUGCGCGGCCUCGCUUGGCCUGUAUUGGGAUCGGCCAUCAACGCCUCUGUCGAGCGGAACAGAUCGAGGGCCACCACGCUGUCUUUGUUCUCGGGUGCGGUGAAAAUCGGAAUGUGCGUGCAACACAAGAAUGGACGUUAUAGACACAACAACAUUCCAUCGAAACACCUUGCUUGCCUUGCCGCUGCAGCGUUUCGAUCCCAUGUUCUAGCCACUGCCGAUGGUUGCCUUCCUUCCUUCCUUUUUUCUCAUUUUCUUUGCGUGUCGCUUGUUUCUCUCCAAUUUUUUGGCCAAAAGGGUGAUGACGGGAAUGGUAAUGGGGGUCUUGUUCAAGGAAUCAUCGACACUGGAUGACCCAACGAUCAACUCCGUAGAAAAAGGACUGUUGCACGGAAGCUUGUUGUGUGGAACAGCACUUCUUUCCGUUGCUUUUUGGUUGGCCGGUUACGGGUUGUCAGCCCCAUGUGAUGAAGAGACGAAAAAUGACACUCCAAAGCUUAAAUCAUGUUGAUAGAGCUCCGCCGGCUGCAGUUUCUUACCAUACUUCGUUGCAUUUCGGAUCUUCUCUCCGUGCUCUUUUCGAGGUAGUUUAUGACGGUCUGGACUGGGGCAGAUGAACGAGCUCGUGUCUUCUCGGAUGAAAUACCGGAUCUCUGAUGCCACAGAGGCAGUAUUCGCUUUUUGGGGAGCGGCAAAUUAUAGAAUGCACGUGAAAUAAAAUCAGAGCUGGAAAAGAUCUAAUGAAUCUCAGUUUUCAAA